AUGGGGAAGGAGGUAAAUGGUGUUUCACGGAGCCGGUUUGAGAUGUUCUCAAACAGUGAUGAAGCGGUCAUCAACAAGAAGCUACCCAAGGAACUGUUGCUGCGAAUCUUCUCCUUUCUGGAUGUGGUGACACUCUGUCGCUGUGCCCAGGUCUCCCGGUCCUGGAAUGUUCUGGCUUUGGAUGGCAGCAAUUGGCAACGAAUCGACCUCUUUGACUUCCAGAGGGACAUCGAGGGCCGGGUUGUUGAAAACAUCUCCAAGCGAUGCGGUGGUUUCCUGAGGAAGCUGAGUCUGCGAGGGUGCCUGGGCGUGGGAGACAGCGCCCUGAGGACUUUCUCCCAGAACUGCAGGAACAUUGAACUGCUCAGUCUGAACGGCUGCACCAAGAUCACAGACAGUACAUGUAAUAGCCUCAGUAAGUUCUGUCCAAAGCUGAAACAUCUGGACCUGGCCUCCUGUACCUCAAUCACCAACCUGUCACUCAAAGCACUUAGUGAGGGCUGUCCUCUACUCGAGCAGCUCAACAUCUCCUGGUGUGACCAGGUCACCAAGGACGGCAUCCAGGCUCUGGUGCGGUCCUGCCCUGGACUCAAAGGGCUUUUUCUCAAGGGCUGCACACAGCUAGAAGAUGAGGCUUUGAAACACAUUGGGGCACACUGUCCAGAGCUGGUCACACUCAACUUGCAGACAUGCUCACAGAUAACUGACGAGGGUCUCAUCACUAUCUGCCGGGGCUGUCACCGCCUGCAGUCCCUGUGUGUGUCGGGUUGUGCCAACAUCACAGACGCCAUCCUAAAUGCGCUGGGACAGAACUGCCCUCGUCUCAGAAUAUUAGAAGUAGCUCGCUGCUCUCAACUCACAGAUGUUGGCUUCACUACGUUAGCAAGGAAUUGCCAUGAGCUUGAGAAGAUGGAUUUAGAAGAAUGUGUGCAGAUCACAGAUGGCACGCUUAUCCAGCUGUCUAUCCACUGCCCCCGUUUGCAAGUCCUGAGUUUGUCUCAUUGUGAGCUGAUCACGGACGAUGGUAUCAGACACCUGGGCAGUGGUCCCUGCGCCCACGACCGUCUGGAGGUGAUCGAGCUUGACAACUGCCCACUGAUCACGGACGCCUCUCUGGAGCACCUGAAGACAUGCCACAGUCUGGAUCGCAUUGAGCUCUACGACUGUCAGCAGAUCACGCGUGCUGGCAUAAAGAGGCUAAGGACUCAUCUGCCUAACAUCAAAGUGCAUGCGUACUUCGCUCCUGUCACCCCGCCCCCAUCCGUCGGGGGGAGUCGCCAGAGGUUCUGCCGCUGCUGUGUGCUGCUAUGA